AUGUUUUCACGGAAGUUCUUAUUAAUCCAGACUCUCUCUUGCUGGUUACCGGUAGUAUCGUUAGUAGCUGCAUUUGGUGAGACAAAGCCAGGUUGUCAAGCCAGAUGCGGUAACAUUAGCAUUCCUUACCCGUUCGGUAUAACCGUUGGAGGUGAUGAUGAUAAUCGAGGAGCAGGAGGGUGCUCCAUUCAUGGAGUUGGGUAUGGCUAUAACGUUAACUGCAAUACUUCUUAUGACCCUCCCAAGGCCUUCAUCGGCAGAGGUAAGCUUGAAAUUUUAAGUAUAUCAGAAACUGAAAUUCGACAAAAGAGCGUGGACCAGACAGAGUUAAACACACUAGUAUUGGGGACCUUAGGAUAUCUGGAUCCAGAAUACUUCAACACAAGCCAACUGACAGAAAAAAGUGAUGUUUAUAGCUAUGGUGUAGUUCUAGUAGAACUCCUGACAGGAAAAAAACCCAUUUCUAUGGAGAGAUCAGAAGAACAAGGAAAUAUUGCUUCGUAUUUCCUUUCAUCGAUGGAAAAUACCAAUCUGUUCCCACUUCUUGAUGCUCGGGUAGUAAAUGAGGGGACGCCAGAACAAGUAGUUGAACUUGCCGAGCUUGCGAAGAAAUGCCUGAAUAUGAACGGUGAAGAAAGGCCUACCAUGAGACAAGUAACAACUGAGCUAGCGAGUUUUAGAAUGGCAGAGACACGUGCAUCGGCUAGCGAACCGAACCAUGUAAGAAGAACAGCAUUACCAACUGAGCCAGGUGACCUCUAUGCUGUCCCAGUUUACUCUUCCACUAAUGUUGAUUCUGGGCAAUAUAGUUUUGGUGCAGAUACGAUAGCCUCGAUGAACACCCCCAGGUGAUUAAGUAACUCAAUGAUCUUGAUUAACAACCCCAAAUUAUGUACUUUUCAGAACGAGUACAUGUCCUGUUAAGUAAACGUGUAGA